UUAGAGACAGAGCGGGGUGAUGAGAGAGAGAGCGGAGGAUGCUCAGUCAGAGUGGCGGGAACAGAGAGAGACGGACGGACACAUGAGAACCGAAGAAGAGAAAAGAAAGAUAAACUCACUCCUCAUCAUGGCGGGGACCUCCAGCCCGCCCACCGACCCUCUCUUCCACUCGGAUCCGCCUUUCAGCGCUCCGAACCCGGCCGGUUCCCCGCGGCUCCCCGCUGCUCGCCUCUCCGGAGCUUUCAGAGUCCCGGUCAGUGUGAACGGGACGAGCGGCGGCGGUGCUCCCCCCCCUCCUCCUCCAUCUCCUCCACCUCCUCCUCACACCGAGUGUAAGAUGGUGGAGGUGCACGGGGUGAAGGUGGCGUCGUUCACGGUGAACGGCGCGGAGCUGAUCUGCUUGCCGCAGGUGUUCGAGCUGUUCCUGAAGCACCUGGUGGGGGGGCUGCACACCGUCUACACCAAGCUGAAGAGGCUCGACAUCAGCCCGGUGGUCUGCACCGUGGAGCAGGUCCGCGUGCUGCGGGGACUCGGCGCCAUCCAGCCCGGAGUGAACCGCUGCAAGCUCAUCACCAGAGCCGACUUCGAGACCCUGUACCGGGACUGCACCAACGCCAGCUCUCGGCCGGGUCGACCUCCGAAGAGGACGCUGGGCGUGGCCACGAUGACUGACGGCUCCAGACUCCUCCCACAUGGCCUGCUAAGCCCCACCCUGCUGUCGCAGACAGGUCUGACGGCGGCAGCGAUGGCUGAGGCUCUGAAGCUGCAGAAGAUGAGGAUGAUGAUAGGUUUCCAUGGAAACAGUGAUCAGCAGCGACACCACAACGGAGCUGAGUCUGAGAACGAUGACACAGGUACGACUGAGAUACGACAUCAUCAUAUGACAUCAUCAGACAGGUAUCCUCCUCACCUUGUCUCCUCUCCUGUAGGAGGAAGUGAAGGAUCCUGGGAGAAGGAGCAGCGUCUCCUCUCUCCUCCUUCCUCUGUUGUAGUGCCUCCUGCUGGUUCUGCGUCUCUCCACCUCAACUCUCUGCAGCAACACAGCUCUCUAUUGGCCAACCGUCUGUCCGACAUUCCUUUUAUGGUCAUGCCACACCCCCUCCUCCCUGUGGGCCUGCCCCCUGCCAGUGUCGCCAUGGCAAUGAACCAGAUGAGUCAGCUGAGCAGUUUGGCAAACAUGGCCACUGUGUCACAGGUCCAAACAGAGAAGGGCAAGGUGAUAGCAUUCACUGCUAAUACUAACACUGAGAAUGCUAACGAGGUUAAUAAUGAGUCUCCUCUGGGAAGCCCCUCCCCCUACCCCUCCCCCAGUGAUGAUGAUGAGCUCCACCCACCUGAACCAACCAGCCAAUCACCUUCCAGAGCAUCCUCAUCAUCAUCAUCACCUCCUCCACCUGCACACACACCAGAGCUGGGUGAGGUUGUGGCUGAAAACAUUAAAAAGGUGUUGAAGGGCAAAGAUGACGGCCUGUUGCCCCUCCCCCUCCUCAAACCAACCUAUGAGAAACUGCCACUCGCCUCUCAGCCGCUGUCAAUCAACCACACAAACCCAGCCUUCACCCCGUUCCUAUUGGCUGAGGGUCUGUCAUCCAUGGAGACGCUGCUGACCAACAUACAGGGUCUCCUGAAGGUGGCGGUGGAGAGUGCUCGUUCUCAGGACAAACAGAAUCAACUGGAGAGGAAAGAGUUAAAACUGGAGCUGGAGAGAGAGAGAGAUGCUCGACAGGUGCUCCAGAGACAGCUGAGCUCCGAGCUGCAGACCAGAGUGUCGAUCCAGAGGCGGCUGAAGAAGGAGAAGAAGGCGAAGAGGAAGCUGCAGGAGGCGUUAGAUUUUGAGUCGAGGAGGAGAGAGCAGGUGGAGAGAGCGCUCAAACACGACUCCCUCACAGACGCUGUGACUCCUGAGAGUGAACUGGAAAACAAACAGCAGGAAAACUCUGCAGCUCACGAGAACAGAGCGUUCACCAAACCUCCACUCCUCUUCUGAGACGAGAUGGAUGGAUGAACUGAUGGAGGGAUGAACUGAUGGAGGGAUGAAGCCUUUGAAAAAGAAAAACAGACAAUGAAUCAAAAACAACAGGAACUAAACACUCAAACUCCCAUCAGCCACCUCUUUUUCUGCUGAAGAUUUCUACUGUUAUUGUUACUAUUAAUGUUAUUGUUAUUAAAAUGAACUGAGGUCAACGACCUGAAUUAUUUACCUGUCACAUGACCACCUGUGAUGUCAUCAGGUGAAACUCCUUGGAACUUGAGAGGACUCCUCCCUCUCCUCCCCCACUGCUGGACCUGAACUGGUUUUAAACCUGAACUGGAAUCAUCUUGAAACAGGUGUUGAUUGUUCCCACCUGUAGGGGGCGGAGUCAAACCUGAACUCUCUUAUAAACGUGUAUUUAAACUUUGAUAGAUGUAGUAGUGCAGGUACUACCUGCAGGAAUACUGGGUUUAGUAAGAGAGGUUCUGUUACUGUUCAUUUACUGGGAUUCAGGCCUUAACGAGCUCUGAGCUUUAAUGAGUUCAACACCUGAGGACUCACAACCUGAGAACCUCUGACCUCAUCAGUGACAUCACACCCGACUACAGUGCAGUGCAAUGUCACCAGGAUGGGCGUGGUCAAAGGGUCACGGCUAGAGUCCUUAACGAUGUCUGUUCCUUAACGAGUUUUGAGCUAACGAGUGAAAAGAAAAUCCAGCUGUUCAGAUUUAACCUUCAACCUUUAAUCUCUAAUGUGAUGUUGUUGUUCUUAACGAGGAUCAUAACGAGUUUUUCCUGCUCACAGCUGAUUGGCUGAUUCUUUCAAUGAAGUGUACAGUUUAAUUAUCGUUAACAUUAUUAUUUGUUUUUGUCUGAAGAUGUAAAUACUGAGUAAAUCACUACUGAACAUGAACACCUCAGCAGGAACCCAGCAGCCUGGUUCUACACAGAACCUGAACGUUAAAGUCUCUGAGGUUCGGGAGGACGAGAGUGGAGCUGAUUAUUAUCGAUUAUUGAUUAUUGACACCAGAACACAUUUCAGUCCCGGUCUUUGUCUUGAGUCCUGAACGAGUCGUUACACUGACAUCAUAAGGUCAAAGGUCAGCUGGUUGAUUCUCUGUCACUGGUCAAAAUCCAGACUCGGCAGAUUCAGGACUCAAGUCCAAGUCAUGUGACCUGGUUCCACAGCAGAGUUCUGUGAUUUGAUCAGAACCUGAACAAUGUCGGAAAUGUUUGAACCUGAAACGGAAGAAGAAACUUAAAUAUUCAGUCACUGGUCUCCUUCACCUUUUCUUUCUACUGGUUCUACUGGUUUUACUGGUACCUGUACCUGUUCAACCUGUACAUUUCCUGGUCUAACUGGUACCUACACUGGUAAACUGGUAAACUGGUAGAAAUGAUUUCCACUCUGAACUGGCAGCUUGUGAAACCAGUGCUGAAUAUGGAUCUAACUGGUGCCUGAACUGUAGGACUGGUAAUAAUUAUACCUGCUGGUACGUUUGAGGUUUGUUUUUUUUUUUUACAGUGCAUAGAGGAACAAAUGAAGAAACACUGUAAAAAAUAACAAAACAAAUGAGUUUCUGCUCUGAUUUCAAACAUCUCCUGACUUUUUCUUUCGUUCCCCUCAGAGUCAGAGCUGCUCUCUGAUUGGUCAGCGCGCACACACACACACACACACACACACACACACACACACACACACACA